AUGGCCCAGCCCGCCCACAACAACCACAACAACCCCCGCAGCUCGAUCAGAGCGGCCAUCAUCACCCACCAGAACCACCAGCGACUCCACCACAGUCUGCCCCACCCCUCCCAAAACCCCCAUCCGGCUGCACUCGCCGACAACGCGAGCAUCCUCACCCUCGCCUCCUCCGGCUUCAGCCCCUCCUUACACCACCAACAGAUUUUCCCCUCGGACGAAGACGCUUCCGUACGCGCCCUGGCACCCUCCAGGCGCGAGUCGAUCGAAUCCCUCUCCUCGCGCUGGUCCAACGUCAAGUCCACCCGCACCGGCGCCUCCAUCCGCACCUCCGCCACCGGCUUCUACACCGGCAUCGCCCCCUCCACCCACAACGACCCCUCCCUCGCCAUCCUCGAUCCCCCUCCCGAACACUUCGCAACGCCAUCCGACCCCUCCCCGAACCUCCCCCGGCGAUCAUCCGCCGAGCCGCCCCAGCUCGAACUCCAGCCCUCCUCGCCCUCCCCCGAACUCCAUCAGCACCAUCAGUCUCCUACCCUCGAAUGA